GGGCAAAAUCCGUGUGUGAACGUGGGAUGUACUGAGGCUACCCGGCACAAGCACACACACCGACCGACACACACUUAAUGCAAGCCUGGAUCGUUGUAUGGAGACGUGUUAGAACGAUAGUAGGCUAAGAGUAGGCUAACUUACCAGUUGUGCGAUUACACACAAAAAAGGAUCCUAACUUGACCCUUUGCCGUUCGUAGAAGAAAGGAAGGAGACUGAAGGGGCACAGCCAACAUGAAGAUUUUGGGUUCAAAUCCCAUAAUGUCUCAUCAGGCAGGCAUGGCAUCAGUGAUGGAGCGGUCUGGGUCCGGGGUGUUGUCCCGUAGCAGAGCCAAAACUAUCACCAACGGUAGCAGCCAGCAUUAUGAGGAAGACAGCAGUGAUGAAGAACGCUCGCAUGACAGCAUGAUUCGGGUUGGAGGGAACUACCAGGCCCAGAUUCCAGAGUUUAAACCAGACAGCCUGGCUCGCUACAGUGAGAAGGACCAGAGGAGCAUGCUCGUGUGGUCUCCGAAUGUCCAGGUUACCGACGCCAAGUUGGACGAGUACAUUCUGAUGGCGAAGGAGAAGCACGGCUACAACAUGGAACAAGCUCUCGGGAUGCUGCUGUGGCACAAGCACGACGUGGAGAAGUCCCUGGCUGACCUGGCCAACUUCACCCCCUUCCCCGAGGAGUGGACGGUGGAGGACAAGGUGUUGUUUGAGCAGGCCUUCGGCUUCCACGGGAAGAGCUUCCACCGCAUACAGCAGAUGUUGCCGGACAAGCUCAUCUCCAGCCUGGUGAAGUACUAUUAUUCCUGGAAGAAGACGCGGAGCCGCACCAGCGUGAUGGACAGACAGGCACGACGCUUAGUUAGCAAGAGGGAGAAGGACGACAGCAAUGAUGACAUGGAGGAAGCAGAGGCAGGGAGCGACACUGACUUUGAAGUAGACACCAAGAAAGAGACCCCGAAACAGAACGUGAGCAGCGUGGGGGUGGCGGAGAAGGCCGUGCCGGGCAGACCGGGCCCGGUCCGAAAGGAAAGCCAGGGGAGUCAGUAUCGGCACCACCCCCUGCGAGCUCGCCGGCGCCCCCCGAAGGGCAUGCACCUCAUCCAGGACGACAUCAGCACCCUCUCCACCGCCCCCGACGCCGGGAGCCUGUCCAUACGCCACCUGGACACCCAGCUGGUGUCUCUGAAGAGACGGGUGCAGAGCAUCAAGCAGGUGAACAGCAGCUUGAAGAACGGCCUGGAUGGAGGGAUCGAUACCCUGCGUCCGUCUGAGCCAACGCCCAAGAUCAACUCUCGCUGGACCACGGACGAGCAGCUCCUGGCAGUGCAGGCCAUCAGGCGCUACGGCAAAGACCUGACGGCCAUUGCGGACGUGAUCGGGAACAAGACCGUCUCCCAGGUCAGCUCCUUCCUGGUGAGCUACCGGCGGCGCUUCAACCUGGAGGAGGUGCUCCGGGAGUGGCAGGCGGAGCAGGACGUCCUGCAGGAGCGCGCCGGGGGCCCCGAGGAGGCCGGGGGCCCCGAGGAGGCCGGGGGCCCCGCCGAGGCCAAGGGCCCCGCCGCCGAGGCAGGGGAGACGUCGGAAGGCACGGAGGAGGACGAGGACCAGAUUGGUGGAGUGCCCCCUCUCCCCCGAACCGGGACCUCCCCCGCUAAUGGCACCAGCACCAUCAGUACCUCCACCUCAACCCACAUUCCCCUUCCCCUUUCCCAGCCUCCCCCACUGCUCCGUCAGCCUCCGCCCCUGCAGACGCGCCCCCUCCAGACCGGCACCCACCACAACCACCCCCCUCCGCCUCUCAUCCGCCCUGCGGUCACCAACACCCUCCACCAGGGGGCGCGCAACUCGCUGGGCUCCGGGCUGAAUCCCUCCUCCUCCUCCUCCUCCUCCUCCUCCGUGGGUCAGCAUCCGCCCUCUCUGGUGGGCCUGAAGGUGGAUCCCUCUGCCUCACUCUGAGGAGAGCGCGGGAGGGGAGGGGAGGCGCUACGUCCAGGAGGACUGAAGCGAGAGGAUGACGUGGCAAUGGUAGCGUUCUCUCGUACCCGACGACAUUUAA